AAACAUUUCGAAGAUUCGGUAUCCUCAAAGGUGUCACCUCUUUUCCAGUCCUGAGAGUUCCAGUUUGUCUUAAAGUCUAAAGGCAUCAGCACCUUCAGCCUGUCCCAGCACAGGAAUGCUCUCAAUAUUGGUCACCGUGGGCUUUCUCUGCACAGCCGCUGCCAUUGCUGAAGUAAUGGAAGUGACUCAGCCAGCAAUUGUGCUGGCCAACAGGCAAGGAGUUGCCAGCUUGGUGUGUAAAUACAAGAACAUCGGGAAUGCACAGGAAAUUCGAGUGACUUUGCUUAAACAGACUGGUGACCGGAUCACAGAAAUCUGUGCUUCAUCAUACACCAUGGAGUUCAAAACAUUCUUUGUGGAAAAGGUCAUUCAGUGCCAUGUUACCCCCGGACAAAACAAUGUGACCCUCACACUGGCUGGCCUGCAGGCAAAUGACACCGGACUUUACAUUUGCAAGAUGGAGCGGAUGUACCCCCCACCCUAUUUCAUGAACAAGGGAAAUGGCACACAUCUCUAUGUCAUUGAUCCAGAACCUUGUCCAGACACUGCCAUAUACCUCUGGGUAUUAGGAGCUACUGCCUCAGGAUUUUUUCUUUACAGUAUCAUCAUCUCAGCCAUUCUUGUGGGCAAAGCGAUAAAGAGAAGACGAUGUCUCACUACUGGAGUCUAUGUGAAAAUGCCUUCUGAAAAGCUAGAGAAAAAAGUGAUUCCAUUCCACAUCACUGUUAACUGUAACAAGGAAGGAGAGAAACCAUUUCCUAGCUGGGAUGGAGUGUCUGCUAAUUCAUUUCAGUUAAAGAAAUAAAUUAACUGUCUUUUUACAAAAGGCAUACAGGAAGGUGAGAGAAUAUUCUUUGUAACUUCAAUGGUUUGGAGGAGAAUAAAUAGUAUAUGUAU